UCCUCUCCCGAUCUGUUCUCCCGUUCCCACGCCCCUCUCGAGCCCACCCGUUCAGCCCCGGUGGCCAACGGAGCCCGGCGGCCUCGACGGGAGGACCUGCUAGGCUGCGAGAGGCGGCGCUACACAGUAGUACACUGGUCGACCGCGACGUGCCCAGACCCAGACGCGGUAUUCGCGAGAAAGCGCCGGGCGGGGCCCACGGAGGAUCAGUUGGUGGAGGGGAGGAACCCACAGCACCACACGCCAAUUUGCGAGAGACGGAGGAAGGGGUUCUCUCGUCUCGUCUCCGGCUUCGUCUAAAACGAGACGGAGACAAGCGAGACACCACCUAGGAGGGGGAGAUUCUGCUCCACAUCGCGCCGCGCGCACGCAGAUCUCCCUCCCCUCCCCUCCCCCGCCGCUCCAGCGCCAAACAGAGGACGGGGUUUCCCGCGAGAUCCACGCCCCGCCGCCGGCGGAGAUCCCCUCCAAAAUCUCGCCGCCGCUCGCCCAAUCUCGGACGUCGCCCCCCCCCCCCCCCCCACUACUACCCCGCCUGCCCCCUUGUUCUGAAGCAAUACCAGGAUAGUUCAUCUACGCCUCAAAAUGAUGAUGGGUGUGCUAGCAUUUGAGAACGACCAGGGGCUCUGGAAUGGUGGAUAUUAUUCCCAGUUUUUUGGAAUUGGAGGAGUUAUGGUCACUGUUGCAAUUCUUUGGUUAUCUACGGGUUAUUUUGGUGGAUUUGGUGCUCCUUUUGCUCCAUACUUUUGGCCAUAUUUAGGACAACUUCCCAAGAAGAAGGAAAGACAAAGGCCUGUGAGAGUGUACAUGGAUGGAUGUUUUGACCUCAUGCACUACGGACACGCAAACGCAUUGCGACAGGCCAAGUUGUUGGGUGAUCAACUGGUAGUGGGAGUUGUCAGUGAUGAGGAGAUUGUGGCAAAUAAGGGUCCGCCUGUGCUUUCGAUGGAAGAGAGGUUGACGCUUGUUAGUGGAUUGAAGUGGGUGGAUGAAGUCAUUCCUGAUGCACCUUAUGAGAUUACAGAGGAGUUUAUGAAUACCCUCUUCAGUAAAUACAACAUUGAUUACAUUAUACAUGGAGACGAUCCUUGUCUUCUACCUGAUGGAACGGAUGCUUAUGCGUUAGCAAAGAAGGCUGGACGAUACAAGCAAAUCAGGCGUACUGAAGGUGUCUCAAGCACCGAUAUAGUUGGGAGAAUAUUGCUAACGUUCAAGCAUAACGAGAGUCGUAGUGAGAAUGCUGUGGUCGAAUCAUGUGAUCAGAUGAAAACUCAGCUAUCCAAUUUUCUUCCAACCUCCCGGCGGAUAAUGCAGUUUUCAAAUGGGCAGGCUCCUUCGCCAGGUGCUCGUGUUGUUUAUAUAGAUGGUGCCUUUGACCUUUUCCAUGCUGGCCAUGUUGAGAUCCUCAGAAGUGCUAGGCAACUUGGUGACUUCCUUCUUGUGGGUGUUCAUGAUGACCAGGUCAUCAGGGAAAGACGAGGCUGUUGUCCUAUCAUGCACCUCCAUGAGCGUACUCUUAGUGUGCUUGCUUGUCGCUACGUUGACGAAGUUAUAAUAGGCUCACCACGGGAGGUUUCAAGGGAUAUGAUCACCACGUUCAACAUUUCAUUGGUUGUGCAUGGGACGGUAGCGGAGGGUAGUUCUGUGGAUGAAGUUGAUCCCUACGCCCUUCCAAAGAGCAUGGGUAUUUUCCAGAUAAUCACAAGCCCAAAAGCUAUAACAUCAGUUUCAGUUGCAACAAGAAUAAUUGAUAACCACGAAGCCUACAAGAAAAGGAACUUGAAAAAGAAGGCAAGUGAAGACAAGUACUACACACAAAAGAAAUUUGUCUUUGGAGACUGAUGCUGCAAAAGGGCCUCCGUGUACUUGAAGUUGUCCUACAACAGAAAUUCCAACACUUACUCAGCUGUAGAAAGUAGUCAGUGAUAAUUUGGUGGCCAUUCGGCAGAGGGAAUCAGCUCAAGGAAUUAAAUUAAAAUACUGUCACAUUCUUCUGCUGCUGCCCCUUUUUCGGCUGGAAUGUCCACUUAACAGACAGAAUUCACAUACAUGAUUCUUUUUUUUUUACUUUGUCAUCCCUGGAGGGGAAAUAUUCAUGGCUGAACACCUUCAGCGGACCAUUGUUGUAUACUUGUAUCUUAUUACUUGAGAGUUUGUGAAGUAACUAGAGUUGCACGCUACCUAAUUGUACCAAGGUAUACUCGAAGUAUAUACUGCUGCUCAGACAAAGGAACUAGUGAGGUUAUGCUCAGCUUUUCUGACCUGAUAAGGUCAGUAUAUACUGCAUUUUUUCCCUGA